CCUUGCAAAUUAUGAAGUUGCUGAUGUUUGUCAUUUAUGUGAGAUCGAGAAAUCAAGGGGCAUUUGGGCAGGUUUCUGAGAGUGCCUGCCUAUGUGCUUUCAUGGGCAGCCUUACAGCUCUCACCCCUCCCCGUCCCCUGGGACAAGAAUAGUUCCUGUAUCAUCUUUUGAAAUAUACCUGAGCAUAUUUGUACCAAAACAGUGAUGGGGAGUGGGGAGGUUUUUGGUUGGUUGGUUGUUGUUUUGGUUUGGUUUUGGUUGUUUUGGUUUUGUGAUUGUGCUUUUGAAUUUCAGACAGAAAGACUAAAUGUACUGUUUGAGUCCGUUCUGCAAGGACUAAGCUAAUUAAGUGCUAAUUGACUUUCCAGCACCUAUAAAGAGGUAAUUCACCAAUCCCAUCUCCUGCAAUGGUAAACUGCAAUGGCUAUUAGCACGUAAAGGACUGCCAAGUCCUAUAAUAAGCAUUAUAGUCAUAAAUAGUAAAUAAAUACUAUUUAUUUAUUUGCAUUGGUAGUGAGAGCAAAGACAGAGGCCAAAUAAAGGUAGGAGUGUUCUUAACGGAUGAUUCAGUCUGGGUACCUUGCGGUCCUUCCCCGCUGAGGCUGUCGUGUGCUGCAGUCACGCCUCUCACCGCCAGCCUGCACUGGGAUGAUAAUCAGUCACUAUGAAAACUCAUUAGCUCCACAGCAAUGAGCCCUCCACUGCUGAAGCUUGGUGCUGUUCUUAGUACCGUGGCAAUGAUCUCUAACUGGAUGUCCCAAACUCUCCCAUCUCUGGUAGGACUAAAUAGCACCAGACUGUCCACUUCAGAUACUCUAACUCAGAUUAGCCCCAAGGAGGGGUGGCAAGUUUAUAGUUCAGCCCAAGAUCCUGAUGGCCGUUGCAUUUGUACUGUUGUUGCACCCGAACAAAACCUAUGUUCAAGAGAUGCCAAGAGCAGACAACUCAGACAGCUGCUAGAGAAGGUUCAGAAUAUGUCCCAAUCUAUUGAAGUUUUAAAUCUACGGACUCAGAGGGAUUUCCAGUAUGUUUUAAAAAUGGAAACACAAAUGAAAGGGCUGAAGGCCAAGUUUCGGCAAAUUGAAGAUGAUCGGAAGACAUUAAUGACAAAGCAUUUUCAAGAGCUGAAAGAAAAGAUGGAUGAGCUCCUUCCACUGAUCCCAGUUCUGGAACAAUACAAAACUGAUGCCAAACUAAUUACCCAGUUCAAGGAAGAAAUUAGGAAUCUGUCUACUGUCCUCACUGGGAUUCAGGAAGAAAUUGGUGCUUAUGACUAUGAGGAACUACACCAGAGGGUGCUCAGUUUAGAAACCAGGCUUCGAGACUGCAUGAAAAAGCUCACAUGUGGCAAAUUGAUGAAAAUUACAGGCCCCAUUACAGUCAAGAUCUCCGGAACCCGAUUUGGAGCCUGGAUGACAGAUCCAUUAGCAUCAGAGAAAAACAACCGAGUCUGGUACAUGGACAGUUACACUAACAAUAAAAUUGUCCGCGAAUAUAAAUCGAUUGCCGACUUCGUCAGUGGGGCUGAAUCACGGACAUACAACCUUCCUUUCAAGUGGGCGGGAACCAACCACGUUGUCUACAAUGGCUCCCUCUAUUUCAACAAGUAUCAGAGCAACAUCAUCAUCAAAUACAGCUUUGACACUGGGCGGGUGCUUGCACAGCGUAGCCUUGAGUAUGCCGGCUUUCACAAUGUCUACCCUUACACCUGGGGUGGCUUUUCUGAUAUUGACCUGAUGGCAGAUGAGAUUGGGCUAUGGGCUGUGUAUGCCACCAACCAGAACGCAGGCAACAUCGUCAUCAGCCAGCUAAACCAAGACACGCUGGAGGUGCUGAAGAGCUGGAGCACAGGCUACCCAAAGAGAAGUGCUGGGGAAUCCUUCAUGAUCUGUGGCACCUUGUAUGUUACUAACUCUCACCUAACAGGAGCCAAGGUCUACUACUCUUACUCCACCAAAACCUCCACUUAUGAAUACACAGACAUUCCUUUCCAUAAUCAGUAUUUUCAUAUAUCCAUGCUUGACUACAAUGCAAGGGAUAGAGCUCUCUAUGCCUGGAAUAACGGACAUCAAGUCCUGUUUAAUGUCACCCUUUUCCACGUCAUUAAGACUGAAGAUGAUACAUAAUUCUCUUUCCCUUUCCUUUCCCUCACCUCCCCCCCUCAAAGCAGUGUCAUUUGUGAUAAAUUCUAAAGCCUUCAUCUCUCUCCAUUCCUUUUAAUUUACAUUUCCGUUUUUCAUUAAGGAAAAGCAACAUUUUGUACUACACAAUGCAUUUCAAAUAUGGCUGAGCCUGUCAAAAAUGACCUGUUGGAUAUAAAAGCAUCUUAACUCAUGAUUCUACAAGGUCUUGAUGGACCUUAUUGUGAAAAGCACUAAAGAGGAUUUAAGUGGCUAAAGACAGUUUUAAAAAGAUUAUGAUCUGCCUUAUUGUAGAGUCAGAGACUUAUGGUGGCUUAAAUGCAUGAAUGUCUUUUUUUUUUUUUUAACCUCAUUUUUGGUUUUAAUCUAUUGUUCAACAUCAGGAAACAUUUUGGUAGCAGACAUAUUGCACAUUGUAUUUUUUAUUUAUUCUAAAGGAAAGAUUUAGGAAUUUAAUUUACAUGAACAUGGAGUAGGACUCAUUUUGCCAUCAACCAAUUUCAGAUGUGGUGCUGUAUAGUAUGUUUUUAAAUCUCUUGCAAACAUUUUAUCAACAGUAUGUAUUUCUACCAUUGUAACCACCAUUGUGCAAUUGUAUCUCUUCUGUGAAAGUAAACUAAGUACUAUUUUUUAUAAAAUAUAUUGAAGCUUAAUUGCA